AUGAAUGAAAUUCUGAACAGCAAUGGAAUUAUCAUUUGUAAAAACAUCCCCGUCGAUAAAAACAGAUUUGAAAUAACGGAAAUAUUUAGCAAAUAUGGACCGCUGCUCGGUGAAGGCAUCCACUUUGGAAAAAAAAACAGCAACAUGUUUUACGUAAAAUAUGUUUACUUCAAGGAUGCUAUAAAGGCGUACGAGAGCUUGAAGGAUAACAAGACGGGUGAAUACGACUUCAGGCUAUCGUUCAGCAAAAACGACGAGAUAAAAUAUAGGGCAGUGAAAGGUAACAAGAAGGCCGUCGAGGAACUGAAGUACAUUUACAAAAACAACGAACAGAUAAAAGUAGACGAUGACAUGACCAACGACAUCCUCAACGAAAUAAACGAACAGAACACCGAGCUAAAGGCAGAUCUAAAAAAUUACCUCAGCUUGAAUUGCCUCUGUGCAUACAACUUUGACGAAAACAGCAAACACGAUAAUUAUUUAACGCCGACUUUUCCGAAAUAA